UUUCCCUUCUUUCCCCAAUUUGUUGCUCAACACACUCCUUUGUCCUCAAGACCGCAGCAUAAGAGGCGCCUUUCGAUCGGAAUAAGCAGUACACCCAGCUCAGAUAAUAGGGUUCUUGGCGUUGAUACAUAAUGGGGACUUUAGGAAGGGCAAUCUACGUCGUCGGAUCUUGGAUCCGUGUAGCCGGCCAAGCAGUUGAUCGUGUCGGCUUCAGCCUCCAAGGCAGUCACCUCUUCCAAGAACAAGUGUCUAGGCACCAGACGCUGAUGAAUUUAUUUGACAAAGACCCCGUGGUUGACAAAGAUGCAUUUGUUGCACCUGGUGCGUCUGUCAUUGGAGAUGUUCAGGUGGGGCGUGGUUCCUCAAUUUGGUAUGGAUGUGUGCUUAGAGGUGAUGUGAACAGUAUCAGUGUUGGAUCGGGAACAAACAUCCAAGACAAUGCUCUUGUCCACGUAGCCAAAUCCAAUAUAAGCGGAAAUGUUUUGCCAACCACGAUAGGCAACAAUGUUACUGUAGGUCAUGGUGCUGUAAUACAUGGAUGCACCAUUGAAGAUGAGGCUUUUGUUGGCAUGGGUGCAACGCUGCUUGAUGGAUCUCAUGUUGAGAAAAAUGCCAUGGUUGCUGCUGGAGCCCUUGUGAGGCAAAAUACAAGAGUUCCAUUUGGAGAGGUAUGGGGAGGCAAUCCAGCCAAGUUCAUGAGGAAGCUCACUGAAGAAGAAAUAGCCUUCAUUUCUCAGUCAGCAGUCAACUACAGCAACUUAGCGGCUGUUCAUGCUGCUGAAAAUGCAAAAGGCUUUGAAGAGAUCGAGUUGGAGAAGAGGCUGCGCAAGAAGUUUGCACGCAAAGACGAGGAGUAUGAUUCAAUGAUUGGUGUGGUUCGUGAAACACCCGUGGAGCUUACCCUACCUGAUAAUAUCCUACCCGAUAAAGCCCAAAAGACCGCUUCUUAGGUCCGUUAGUUUUCCAUGGUUUCAGGGUCGCGAAAAUCUUAUUUUACUGCACUUUUUACCAAUAAUUUUUUGGGGGCAGGCUCUCAAAGUCUUAGAAGAUUCUUAAUUUCAUGGAGGGUAAUGCUUCUUUUUGUCUGUGGUUAAUGAUCUUGUUUUGAUUUAUAAAGAUUGAAAGAGAGAUUUUAAUGGAAAUAUAAAUCCAUGUAUUUGUGGAACUUUGACUUUGAAGUCAUCUGUUUGUUGUC